UUGUGGAUGUGAGCGCUGGGAGAGUGAAGGACGCUGACUUGGCAAAAUGAUGCAGAAGAGAUAAGGUGUGAGUCAAGCAGCCUCUCAGUCACAUCCAGAGUGGCAUGGAAGGAAGAGGAGGCGUGCCACUCACCAUGAAGUACAGGACGCUGGUGAUGUACAUGGAGAUCGGCAGCUUGGUGUCGUGUCUCAGCGGCUGGAUCCUGGUGUGCUCCACUCUUCCCACAGAGUACUGGACCUACUCGGAGGUGGGCAGCGUGGUGUUGACCACCUCCAACUACUACUCCAACCUGUGGAGGGACUGCAUCUCGGACACCACGGGGGUGUCGGACUGCAAAGACUACCCAUCAUUGCUGGCCCUGCCUGUCUACCUGCACGCCUGCAGAGCGCUGGCCGUCUGCGCCGUCAUCACCGGCUUCUUCGGAGGCGUCCUCACUCUGGUCGGCAUGAAGUGCACCAAAAUAGGCGGCUCGGAGCUUGCAAACGCCAGAGUGACCUUCGCGGGCGGAAUUACUUACCUAGUUUCAGGGUUCUGUGGCAUGAUCACAUAUUCCUGGUGGGCCAACAAAUUCAUCACAGAGUUUGUGGACCCCAAUUUCCGGUUACAGAAAUUUGAGCUCGGCGCUGCAGUUUUUGUCGGUUGGGGAGGCUCCAUCCUGUUGCUCUGCGGUGGGACGGUGCUGACUUUCUUCUCCGGGAGAGAAGGUCUUCCUUCAGGUUCUUCAAAAAGGCCCCGCAGGCCAGCCACUUACGCCACAGCCAGGACCCGCAGGACCUACAUGCUGCCAAACACCUCAUCCAGGGUCGGUCUGGGACCACCGCUCUUCUACCAGGGCAGGAAGAGUCAGCCGAGCAGAGCGCCGACAAGGACCGCCCGCACCUACAGCAGGGACGCCUUUGUCUGAGCGAAAGGGACAUUUCAACUUUUUCAUUAAAAUACCUCACAAAGAUGGCGGCCAUCCUUUCUUGGUAAACAGCAUCGAGGUUGCUGAAUUGAACAAUGUGCUCUUUAUUUCUUUAGGAACUUUUUUUUAUUUUUUUACCGCCGAUACCGAUAUUUGAGCAAGGGUGUCCAAAGUGCGUCCCGGGGGCCAUUUGUGGCCCGCAGCUACUCGUUUCCCGGCCCGCCACACAUUCUGCAAAAAUUGCAAAAUUGAUAGUAUUGCAAAAAUAAAAAAUAAACAUUUAAAAAAAGUGGAAUGAGGUGAAAUCUAAUGAGAAAAAGUGGCAAUGUUGACACAAGGCUGCCAUGCAGGCAGUUUUUUUUUUCCUUUUGUCAUUAUUUUCUUCUUUUUCCCAUUGCUCAAAAAAAAAAAGGACAAAAAAAUCUGUUAUAAUGAAUGAUUACUUAAAAAUGAUCACUUUAAAAUGUUUUAUGUGGAAAAAAUAUUGCAUAUGUUGUGUGGUUGCCAUAUAAAAACAUGAACGUUUUGAAAAAAAGAGCAUAAAACAAACAAAAUAAUAGUUCAAACUUAAAAUCCACAGAUAUAUCUGAAUGUGAUCUUGAAAUUUAAGUGUUAAAAGUAAAGAAAACUAAUAAAAAUGCAUCACUUUAUGAGUGGGGAACCUUUCGGAUCUCAAACAUAUUUAGAAGUGAAGUGAAGUAUAUUUAUAUAGCGCUUUUCUCUAGUGACUCAAAGCGCUUUACAUAGUGGCACCCAAUAUCUAAGUUACAUUUAAACCAGUGUGGGUGGCACUGGGAGCAGGUGGGUAAAGUGUCUUGCCCAAGGACACAACGGCAGUGACUAGGAUGGCGGAGGUGGGAAUCGAACCUGCAACCCCCAAGUUGCCGGCACGGCCACUCUACCAACCGAGCUAUACCGCCCCAGUAGUAGGAUUUUAUUUAACUUUUCACUGUGAUUACUCAAAACCAUCAAAUAAUUAAAAUCAAUGGUGUCCUGCAUUAUUGAUCUUUGAGGGCUUUAAUUGCUAAAUAAAGGAAUUCUCUUGAAGGAAUCAAUAAAGUACUAUCUAUCUAUCUAAAUACUGCAUAUUUCAGUUUUACUAUAAAAAACAAAGUUGUCUUUGACAGAAAAGGCAUACAACCUUAUUUGUUUUACUUUAUAUCAACCUCAAGUUGGUAUAGAGAUUUACUGAAAGCAUUAAAUAAAAAAUAAUUGGACUUAUUUAAAAAAUUUUAGUGACUGAGACCCCUCAAUGCUCCCCAGGAAGGAUUAAAAAAAAAAAUCCAUAUAUUUUGUUAUGCUUAGAAAAUGAAAAAAGCAUGCUUAAAUUUUUCCGUGUGCGGCCCUCUGUGGAAAAAGUUUGGACACCCCUGUAUUAGAGGCUCGAGUAGUACUGAUAUGAUACAAAACCAGCAUAAUUAAAACAUACUUUUAAUAUUUUGUAAUGUGCAAUGUCAGAAAAAGGUUGGAUCAAAUAGCGAAGGAUGGUGUGUAUGAUACACACUAAACUAUUUAUUAUUAACUGUCUGGAACGCACUUGUGCUGUCUUCAAGCUAAAGUGGAGUGGCCAUUGUUUUUUUGCGACAACUAGUGGCCACGAUAGAAAUAAUGCGCACCCGUUUGUUACUGGAUACCUUCUAAGACCUUCGCAACUAAUAAUCAUUUGGUACUUGUUUAUGUUGACAAAUGCACUGUUUUGACUGCAAUAGUUCAAUUAAAACUGUGCUUCUCGAUUAUUU